GGCGUUUCUGGGAUUCUCUCUGGUUUCGGUAUUCCUUAUUUACUCAAGUGAAGGAUUUUUACUCCACCAUAAUAAAUGCUAUGAUGACAUCGGAUGUUUUGAUAAUGGACAUCCAUAUACUAAUUCACUUGGUGAAUCACCCGACUCACCAGAGGAGAUUCAAGCUACAUUGAACUUAUUCACCAGAAAGAAUCCUUCCAAAGCUCAAGUCCUACCAUAUAAUGAUGUAAACGCCAUUGAAAAUUCAAAUUUUGACCCAAAACUUGACACCAAAAUUCUAAUCCACGGUUUUAUUAGUGACGGUAAUGAGCCAUGGUUAGUUGAAAUGAGACAACGAUUUUUAGCUAUGGAAAAUUUGAACGUCAUUGUAAUUGACUGGCAUGCUGGUGCUCACAAAUUUUAUCCCGAAGCAGUAGCAAACACAAGAGUUGUUGGUGCCGUUGUAGCUAAAUUCAUACAAACAGUUCAAGACAAUUUCCAGGCCGAUCCUCAUCAAUUCCAUGUCAUCGGACAUAGUUUAGGAUCACAUGUAGCCGGAUAUAUUGGUAAAAGAACAGAUAACUUAGGAAGAAUAACAGGUCUAGAUCCUGCUGGACCAUUAUUUGAAGAUACUGAUGUUGAUGUAAGGUUAGAUCCUAGUGAUGCUAUAUUUGUCGACUGUAUACAUUCAGACGGGUUACCAAUUUAUGAUUUAGGAACACCUCAUGCUUGGGGUGACAUUGAUUUCUAUCCUAAUGGCGCCUCUGACCAGCCUGGUUGUCCUAAACCAGUAUCUGACGUUUCAUGCAGUCAUCACAGAGCAAUCUCAUACUUCUUAGAAACUCUGCAACAGAACCAAACCUGUCAAUUCCAGGCUUACCCAUGUUCCACCUUCAAAGAUUAUUUGAAAGGAUCGUGUACCAGCUGUGGAGAUGGUCCCUGUCCAGUUUUGGGAUACCGUUCAAUUGACAGCCAUCGUAAAGGCAAAUAUUACCUCAAGACUAAUUCACAGUCUCCGUUUUGUAUGAAACGUAAGUAA